GCGAGGCGGCGGGCGGCGGGCGCCCGGCCCCGCUCCUCAUGGCGGCGGCGGGCGGGACGCGGCGGGGCGCCCUGCUGGCCCUGCUGGCCCUGCUGUCCCUCCUGGCCCUGCUGGCCCUCAGGGCCGGGCAGGGCGGCGAGGGGCGUGCGGGCUCCCCGCGGCUGCCUCCGGGCUUGCUGGAGGAGCUGCGGCAGCGCCAGCGGGACCUGCGGCGCCUGGCGGCGGCGGCGGAGGGCGGCCAAGCGGAGGGCGCCGGGCUGGGCUGCGGGGACCUGAGGGGGGCGACGGGCGGCGGGGUGCUGGGCUCGGGCUUCACCAAGGUGGUGCAGCGGGCGGCGCUGCCCGGCGGCGGCGGAGCCGUGGCCCUCAAGUCGGUGCACGGCGCCGGGCGGGAGGUGCGGCAGUGCGAGCAGCGCUACGGGGCGCCCGCCGGGUGCCGCCGCCUGGCCGCCUACAAGCUGCUGAAGGAGGUGGCGCUGCUGCAGCGCCUCAGGCACCCCGGCAUCGUGCAGCUGCGCGGUCACUGCCUGGACAGCGGCGGCGAUCCCGGGGCCGGGGUCACGGCCGUGCUGGAGCUGGGAGCCCCCCUGGAGAUGAUCCAGCUGCUGCAGACCCCCUGGGAGGAGAGGUUCAAGAUUUGCCUGGGCCUUGUGAAACUGCUGUUUUACUUGGCACAUUCCCCCCUGGGUUCAAUAGUCCUCUUGGACUUCCAGCCAAGGCAGUUUGUUAUGGUGGAUGGAAACCUAAAAGUGACAGACAUGGAUGAUGCCAGCACCGAGGAGCUGUCAUGCAAGGAGGACAAUGACUGCACACUCGACUUCCCUGCGAAAAGCUUCCCUCUCAAGUGCUCUUCAGCCGGGAAGUGCGAAGGAAUAAACGAGAAGAAGAAUCUUUUCAAUGCAUAUCGGUAUUUUUUCACCUAUCUUUUGCCACAUUCUGCACCACCAGCUUUGCAGCCCUUUUUGAGUGAUAUUCUCAACGCAACAGGUGAUUUACGAUAUGGAAUAAAUGAAACCGUGACAGCUUUUGAGAAGGUUUUACAUCUGUACAAGUCUGGGCUCUAUCUACAGAAAAGACCUCUUCUUUUAAAAGAGUACAUCGCCCUAAAGGGCUUUCGGACGGUGGAAGCAGAAGACUACAAGUGCUGGCCCUCCUACAGCCACCUGGGCUGCCUGCUGUCCAUUCACAGCCCUGAGGAAGCCGCUGCAAUUUGUAACUCCCAGUCGCAGUGUCAAAGCUUCAUCCUCACCCAGCAGAGGACGUGGACAGGGCGCCCACUCGCCUCGUUUCAGAGUAGCCCGACCGAUUUAAUACCGGAUGCUAAUGCUGUAGUCUAUAUUAAACGAUCAGCUUCCUCAGGGAAAAGACUGUAAAGACAAUGAGAUCGCAUAAAACGAUCCUGGGAGGAACAAACCAUUGGGGAGAAUUUAAUCUACUGAAAAGAAUGACACAUUUUAUUUUGCUUUGGGAUGUGAUCUCCCUGCCAGCUCCGAUUGAGUCAAAUGCUGCUGUCUCCUUGAUCAAAGCUCCAAUUCCUCAUUGCAGAAUGCUCCCUUCCCCACAGCCCUGCUAGCUUGUUUAGCUGUUCCCACACUGCUGUUCCGCAUAAACGCUCUCAGUUUUAGUCAAAUGUCGCCAGACUCGGCAAUACCUAGCCUUGCUGCUUCAGUAACCAGCUUGGCAGCCAAGAAAUAAAAAUAACUGCAAGGGACCCGGCUGGAGUAAGCCAAGUUAGUUCAGCAGGCUCCAAAAAACCUACGAAUAACGUACCCUGGAGAAUGCAGCGGCUCCUUCCACAGCUGCCAACGAGGAUUUCACACCACUGCACAUGUAAGGGGCCAGGCUUCAGCCACAGGGCUGAGGUUGCAGGGUUGGGAUCUGUAACCAGAGGUUGAUGCUGGGGGUGGUCUUCCAGGGAGGGUCUUGAUUCAGUUCCUUCAGGGGCAGAGGAGGGAGGCGGUGGGGAGGUCAGCUCUGGAAUCCAACGCCAGGAGGCUUGGAUGCAGGACUUGUGAUUUGUGUGAUUUGUGAUGCCAGCUCCCAUGUAUCAACCUUGAAGGUUUUCUCUGUUACUUUCCAUGAAAGAGCGAGACAUUCAAAUUAUUUAUGUAUAAAGUGUUACUCUGUAUGGCAAAGAAUUACUAUGUUUAUUCUAAGCAA